CGGGAACAACUAGCACAUAUGUGCGAGGGGAAUCUUCCUUCCUUCCUAUACUUGCCGAUACUUAUAUGUUUAUAUGUUAUGUUCAUACGUAUACUUGUUUUCUCAUACAUGCUCGACAAACUAAAUAAAAUUAAACAAAUAAAUCAAUAAAUUCCGCUACCGCUGUUCUGUUUGCCCACACAGUAUAUUCAGAGAGAAUGAAAAUAUUUCUCCCCUCCCUUCUCUUUCUUUCGCCAGCUGCAGGAGAGGUGCUUGGAUUUUUUGAUACGCUCAGGGACAUUGCACAAGAGCGGGGAAAGACCCAGCUGACGAAACACAAUGGCGAUUGCCAAACGCAAUCCCUCCCUCCCCUCUCAACCCACAAAAUUAUGUACUUCCCUGUACCUUCCCCAUUUUAACUCACUUGCUUCACCCACAAGUGCUGGGUUGGGGUUGGUUUUUUUUUUUUUUUUGGUCAACUGGCUGUAUCUCAGAACAAGCAUAGAAGGUAAAAGACUUUAGGUGUGUCUUCCUUUAAGGGAAAGAAGAGAGGGGAGGCCGAGAACACACCUUCCGCCACUCGCCUGUUUGAGAGAAACAUAAAGACCAGAGUUCAAAAUUCAACACAAACAUUUCUGAACCAACACAGGAAAAGCCUUCCUCAACAACGUAAAUAGGCCGUGGAAGCCUACUGACUGCAAAACCCGAGUGGAAAUAAGACUACGGGAACUCUGCUGGGAUGAGAUUCUACUUCUUCCUCCUCCUCACUUUGUGGCCCGGGAUACUUGGCGAUGUUCUUCAGCUAGACAAAAUGUACGGGAGGAUCGCCUCGCCGGACUUCCCCAACGUCUAUCCUAACAGCAAGGAGAGGAUAUGGAAUAUCACCGUGCCGCAGGGCUACGCCCUCCGCAUCUAUUUCACCCACUUCAACCUUGAGCUGUCUUACCAGUGCGAAUACGACUACGUCAAACUCAACUCAGGAGGUAAGAUCGUGGCCACUCUCUGUGGGCAAGAGAGUACCGACACCGAGGAGGCCCCUGGGGAAAAGAUAUACCGCUCCAUUGAUAACAAUUUAGCAGUGACUUUCAGAUCCGAUUACUCCAACGAGAAACAGUUCACGGGCUUUGAGGCCUUCUACGCUGCUGAAGACAUCGAUGAGUGUGAAGGGCAGCUUGACGGUGAGCUGCCUUGUGACCACUACUGUCACAAUUACCUGGGUGGCUUUUAUUGCAGCUGCCGAAUCGGAUACCUUCUGCACAGGGACAAGAAGACUUGCAAAGCGCAUUGUCCGACUGAGGUGUUGACAGGAAGAUCUGGUGUGAUUUCCAGCCCCAAUUAUCCCAACCCGUAUCCUAAAAUAUCGGAGUGCGACUACAGCAUCCGGGUGGAAGAAGGUUUCAUGGUCAUCCUCGAAUUUGUGGGAACCUUUGAUGUAGAAGCCCAUCCUGAUGUACUGUGUCCCUAUGACAUCCUGAAGGUAAAGACGCCCAAGAAAGAAUACGGUCCGUUCUGCGGAAACUCCCCACCACCCAAAAUUGAAACGCGUAGCAAUAUGGUUGAUAUCACCUUCCUCACUGACCUUUCUGGAGUUCAUGCCGGAUGGAAACUCAGAUAUGACACAACAGCGUUGCCAUGUCCCAACCCUCAAGCACCACCCAAUGGCAGAAUCUCUCCAGUGCAGGCAAAAUAUAUCCUGAAAGACUUCUACAGCCUCUCUUGCAAUGUGGGCUACGCGCUUUUGGAAAACAAACUGGUUGUGGAUUCGUUCAAAGCAAUCUGCCAAAAGGACGGUACCUGGAACAAGCCAAUGGCUCAAUGCACCGUUGUUGACUGCGGCCCUGCCAGUGACAUAGCCAAUGGCACACUUGUGUAUGUCACCGGAAGAGAAAUUUCCACCUAUCAAGCUGAAAUCAAAUAUAACUGUGAAAGUCCCUUCUACGUCCUGAAAACCGGCUACUCUGGUAAUUACAGGUGUGCCCCUGAUGGUUUUUGGAAGGAUCACAAAGGAAACAAAGCACCUCCAGUCUGUGAACCAGUCUGUGGAGUGCAAACGUCUAACACUCUGAAGCGUAUUUUUGGGGGGCAGAAGGCUCUGCCCGGCCAAUUCCCUUGGCAGGUUUUAAUCACGGACGCGCAUGGAGCAAACGGGGCUGGAGCCCUUUUAUACGAUAACUGGAUCUUAACAGCCGCUCAUGUCCUGGGCAGCCCACCUGACGCAUCCUCCCUGACCUUGAAAUUGGGGGUCCUAAACAAACGAUCGCCUCAUUAUCACCAAGUCUGGGCAGAAUCGGUUUUCGUCCACGGCGGCUUCACAAACGACGGCAUCAAUUUUGACAAUGACAUCGCUUUGAUUAAACUGAAGCACAAAGUCCCCAUUAACAAGAACAUGACUCCGAUUUGCUUGCCGGGAUACAACCUGGGCUUCCGCGUGAACACAAACGACACUGGAAUAAUUGCCGGCUGGGGAAAAACGGAGCGGGCCAGGCAGUCCCGUUUCUUGUUGUAUACCGAGGUAGAUGUUGUCGAGCCGAACAAGUGCAAAGCUGCCUACGCAAACCGGACUUUGGAAGGAAAGCAACUCAGGCUGACGGAAAAUAUGCUCUGCGCGGGGACCGAGAUGGGGGGGAAGGAUUCUUGCUAUGGGGACAGCGGAGGAGCCUUGGUGUUCUACGAUACUAACGCCAGGAGGUGGUUUGUCGGGGGGUUGGUCUCCUGGGGUCUGGAAUGUGGUUCUGCUGGGCUCUACGGGGUCUACACAAAGGUGCCCAAUUAUAUGUCAUGGAUGGAGGACCUAAUUGCACGCCAUUCUUGAUCGGGGUUUGUCGCAUUUUUUUCAAUAAAGCAUAGAUCGCGAUUACUUCUGUAGAUUUUAAUAAUGCUCAUCUACAGCCCAUCUUCCCUCCCGCCCCAAGCUAACUGGGUUUUAUUUUAAGAUCCAUAGAAUCUGUCUCUAAGCUAUGCAACCAACGAACUAUGCUUUUUAACCAAGGUGAGUUGAAGGAUCUGAUUCUUUUGUGAAUUUCUUAUGACCAACCCUCUUAUGAGGACCCAGAUUGUUGGGGGCAAUAAAAGUUGACUUUGUAUAUUAUAUACAAAUGGAUGAAGACUAUUGCUUAACACAGUGUAAGCCGCCCUGAGUCUUCGGAGAAGGGCGGGAUAUAAAUGCAAAUAAAAAAAAUUAAAAAAUUAAAAAAAAAACCUGAAAAUUCCACAGGGGCCUCAAUUAUGAUGACCACCCAUUUUAAAUCAGAAAGUUCAUAGAAAGCAUCCGGACCACUGUUCACAUUUUCCUCCCAAAUUAUAAAUUAUUUUAUUCUAUCUAUAAAUUAUUCUAUCUUAUCUAUCUAUCUAUCUAUCUAUCUAUCUAUCUAUCUAUCUAUCUAUCUAUCUAUCUAUCUAGGAUAUGAAUGGAUGGAUGGAUAGACACAGACAGACAGACAUCCCAGUCUUGCUCCCUACCGCAACCCAUCAUGGUCAUAAUUCCCAUCUAUUCAGUUUUCUCAUGUUGUUAAAGCCAUCGGUUUUCUUCUACCUUAAGUCAAUUUUAAAGUCCAAAUCUUUAACUCCAUUGGGGCUAAUCCUUUCCCCCGCAUUUACAUUUACCGAAGCUUAUCUUAAUGAGAUCAACCUAGCAUAUAAGGAAUUCCUUUAUUAGCUAGUGAAGAGUUGGAGGUAGUAGUCUCUUUUUAUAAACAGGCAUCGCUGACAACCGG